GCUUCCUUCAGCUACAACACCUGCUGUAAACGCCACUACAACCGUCACCGUCAUCGUUUACAUAAAGGAGCCUGGCAACAUUUAGGUCGAUACAUAAAUUCACCUGAGCUACUUAAUUAUCUCAGCGUUUUGUUGAUUUCAUAGAUUUGCUUCCGAUUCAUAUUCUGAAGUGGGAGUUGUACCGAUAGAAAUCUAUGGUAAUCCUCUUUCACCUUCCUGCGCUACACAUGCGCCUCUUCUCACGAUGGGAAGACUCGAACCUUUAACAUCCCGAGCAUUGGGACGCUCACCUUACGAUGGGUUCUCUCCAGGAGAAGGAGAAGAGGAUCCUCAUGAGCCCGAAAAACAAUACGAUGAGACAGGGAGAAUUGUAAAUCCUCGAACUAAGGAGAUCAUCAAGGAUGUUAUUCGCGCUCAUAAUGAGGUCAUGCAAGUUAUUGGCGUCGCUGAGCCUGAUAAUGGAGGUAUUAGCGCAGCCGACUUAGAGAUGGCGAAGCAGUAUCGAGAGUACGAAGGUGAUACGGGGAGGACCCUGAAUCGCAUUGGUACUGGGCUCACCGUACUGGGCACUUGGGGUGUUCACAAUAUACGUCGUCGCGUCCUGUCAUAUCAGAGAGGUGCUGAUAUCUCGUUCGUGCAACUAUUAGCCAGCGAGCGCAAUAAUCAUUCCUUUCUACAACUAUGUCUCGCAGGUUAUCCCUGCCAUUUAUUAAUGCAUGUGCUAUGCUCAAACCUCAAAGCCUUAGGAUUAUCUUCAAUUCGACAAAAUCCCUGGCUUCGGGGUGCUUCCGAAUAUGUUCGAUUUCAUCUGGAGCUCUUCCUCACGAUGCAGCGCUUAGACAUGAUAUCCCCAUAUCAAUUACUUCCCGGGCCCAAAUUCCUCAUACCUUUCUCCAGCUCGUCGCCGUUUUCCGCGCCACCCCUACCCGACUCGUUAGACGCUCGUAGCGUAAUCAGUUGGACCGGCAAGCUCAUUGCGAACCUCGCUCCUUAUGCCGCAUUUUACGCCUGCGGCCAUCUUUGGAAAUUCACACGCGCCUUCACGAGGUUACACAUACGGAAACGCCUGCCUCGACCUGUGUUCUGUUUGCCUGCAAACAACCGGAUAACACUACCACUUACUCCCGCCCACCGGCAAACAGUCCCCGAAUCGCCAACCCUAGGGCCAACUGAUCGAGAGAUCAGACAUCAGGAUCCAGAACCUGAUGCUUCAGCCUCGGUAGCCAUAGAUGUUCAAUCUGGUGGCGAAACGAUCCCAGUUGGAUCAGUCAGAAGACAGAGCACCUAUUCAAGGGGCCCUGAUGACUAUGGGACCGAUGAAGAGGAUCUCGAAAUGGUCAACCCAACACUAAUAAGUUUUGAUGUGGACACCAGCGAAUCGCCCGAUCCGCCCACUGGUGUUUGGUCGGCUGAGUUGCGACCAAGCUAUGCGGGCGAUUCCCGCCAACAACCUAAAGAGGCACCUAGAUACGUUGUAAAUCCUCUAACUACCCUACCAAGCAUGCUCGCAUCAGAAACCAUUGCCAAGUUCGCAACAAAUAUUCUUUUCAUACUCCUAGAUAUCCAUAUAGACCCAAUUGUAGCAAGGGCUCUCGCGUUCAGCAGAGGUCUUCCUUACAGUGGUACGUAUAAUGGAGGCUUUCUAGCGGGUUUAACAUGGCGAAGCUUCUUCAAUAUCAUUCAGUUGGACCUUACCAAGCUCCUCAUCUCUGGUGAGGUUUGGAUUGUAGUCACUGUGCUUUCGCAGUGGUUACAUAUCACUGAUGAAGAAUGGAAGGAGAUGCACAAGGAAGAACGCCAAGAAACGUUGAGUGAUGUUGAGCAGGAUACUUCAUAACCCAUGGUUUCUCAGAUAUUCCUGCCAAGAAGGAAUCUCACUAAUAGCAAGCAUGACGCCCACUAAUGGGCUCGAGAAUGGUUCGGGGCGAUUAAUUAUGUGUUUUUUUGGAGUUUGUACACUAUACGGAUGGCUGAUCAAGAGCACGCAUUGUGGCGAUUCGGUUUUGAUGAUACCCAUCUCCAAAAGGGACAAAACAAAAAGGCACGUUGAUGAGUAUCGUUGAUCAGGUAGGGUAGCAGCAAUACCAAUUCUUAAGCAAUUUACAUCCCACACCUCAUAACUCUAGGGCGACGUUUAUCCAAGCGGGCUGCUACCGUAGCACUAUGCUAUGCGAAGUGGAUCAUGGAGACCUAACAACCCUCGAAUCUCAAAUAACUCCAAGAAUCCACUUGGACAAUGGAACGUAUCGUGAAGCAUUUUAGGCAUCUAAGGCGGAUGUU